AUACUCGUAUAUGAUCAUAUCCUCAACCCCUUUAAAUUCCUAGCCAUUUCUAAGCUAACAUCAUCUAAAACUUCCAACAAAAUAAUUACAUCUAAAUUGUUAAAUAAUACGUAAAACUUUAGUAUGGCAGAAGAAACUCCCAAAAGCCAAACCCCAUCUGAGUUGAUGGCAAGUGCCAAGGUUCAGGUAUCCGGAGCUGCUACAGAUGUUAUAAAUGCUGCCAAGACCUACGGUAAGCCCGACGGAGAUAGCGGUGUUGGACAUUAUGUUGGCAAAGCUGAGGAUUAUCUACACCAGCUUCACUCCCCCUCUGAUCAACCCGAGAAGGCCGAGUCUGUUGUAACAGCUGAGGGUGCUGAAAAGAAGGCCGCCGAGUCUGUUGUUGUAGCAGCCGAGGGUGCUGAAAAGAAGGCCGCCGAGUCUGUUGUUGUAGCAGCCGAGGGUGCUGAAAAGAAGGCCGCCGAGUCUGUUGUUGUAGCAGCCGAGGGUGCUGAAAAGAAGGCUGAGUCUGCUGCUGCGGCUGCAGAAGGUGGUGAAAAGAAUGGUGGUGUUGGAGGUUUGAUCAAUAAAGCUAAAGGAUUAUUCAAGUAAUCAUUGUUUCAUCAUUUUUAUUUGUUAUUACAUACUGGAUUUCAUGGAGAACAAUCUAGUUAUAAACGAUCGAUGUUGUAUAGUUGUCAAAAACACUACAAAAAAAUGUUGUUAGUUGUGUGUUAUUUUUAUUUACUUUGUAAAUUUGUAGGCUUUCUUUAGUGUGUAAAAUUGUUGUUUUUGUUCAUGUAAUAUAUCUAAGGACAUGUUUUCUUCCGUCUA